CUCAUAUAGAGACAGGCGCCUUCACAGAGUCUGCAGAGACUCUCUGGUUCCAGGCUCCAGGCUCGUGCUCCUCCAUCCAGACCUCCAUUUAAACCCUUUAACCCUUUCUUUUCCCGGUCCGACUACACACCCGUUCUGCAUUGAGAUGCGAAGCCUUCUACAAGUGGUUUCCGCGUUGUCUGUCCUCAUCGUCUCCAAAGCGCAGCCCGUGGUCGGAUCCGGUCUCUCCUGUCUCAUGUCCAGUCCUGGUGCACAAGACGGACACACGCGCGUCACGUUCCUGCGAGAGGACGCAGCCGGUGUGCGCGCCCUGUUCCUCACCCUGUGGUCCGAGGACGCGCGCCCGGUGUCGUGCGAAGUGAGCGCGGACCCUCUGGUGACGGAGACCUACCGCCGGCUCUGCGACGGGAGCCAUGAAGUAGCCCGGAGGUUUAACGUCAGCGCGCUCUUGGCUCCGGAUGCCCGCCUUUGCGCCCGCGUCGCCUCCGCGGUGCCAAAGCUGCCCAGGCGCACCAGGAGAGACGAGACAGCGGCGGGGACGCGCAGGAAACGCGCACUGAUGUUCCCCGGGACGCUGUGGUGCGGCACCGGAAGCAAGGCGCACGGAUACGAACAGUUAGGGAUGUUUGAGAGCGCGGACCGAUGCUGCCGGGAACACGACCACUGCCUGCACAUCAUCCCGUCUUUCACCGUGAACUAUGGCGUCUUCAACCCUCACUUCUUCACCGUCUCCCACUGCCACUGUGACCAAAGGUUUCGGCGCUGCCUCCUCGGCGUCAACGACACCAUUUCCAGCAUAGUGGGCUACAGCUUCUUCAACAUCCUGCGUGUCCCCUGCUUCAAGCUCAGGGAGCUGAGGCGCUGCACCGAGAUGUACUGGUGGGGAACGUGUAAAGUCACCAAAAAGGCUCCAUACGCCGUCUUCAAAAGGCCGCUCCGGUACAGCACCUCCAACGUUACAGGCAAGCUCGGAGACACUGAACGCACCACGCUAAUCCACCCGCACCAAACGUCCCCCAAAAGACAACACAGUUGCUCCAGAGACUCACCCAGGGGAGACACGUCCGUCCUCAGAAGGACGAGGAAGAAAGGAUGUAAAAGAAACCGGAAACCGAACCCGGCAGCACCGACGACUCCUUCAGGGAACCUGAGUCUUUUUAACGCGUCUCAAAGUAGCGCGUUGAUGCCGAAUAACAAAAGAGUCGGCAAAAAGAAGAGCACCCGAAAUGGUCUGCCUGCUAACCCCAAACACAGAAGCCAAGUUGACCCACCAGCACCCAGAAACCCUCAUCCACAAGCACCUGUAACACAGAAGCCAGCGCUUCACCUGGACUCGAAGGACGCCAUCACAGCCGCGACGAAAACGGGCAAAAAAGGCAAAAAAAGCCCAAAACCAAGACAUUGUUGUGGCGUCACGAUCCCCCUGAGAGGAGACACUUUCCAGCCUCGAUGCUUUAGUUGUUUACCGAUCAAACAGCGAAAUACCACAACAGCCGGGACUCUGGGGCUCAACCAGACAACCGGAACAGCCGGGACUCUGGGGCUCGACCAGACAACCAGAACAGCCGGGUCUCUGGGGCUCAACCAGACAACCAGAACAGCCGGGACUCUGGGGCUCAACGACACCCAGAACAAUCCGGGACGCUGGGCCUCAACCACGACAACAGAACAUCGGGACUCUAAGGGCAACCAUACAACCAAAACAGCCGGGACCUUGGGGCUCAACGCAUACACCGGAACCACCGGUACUCUGGGGCUCGACCAGACAACCAAAACAGCCGGGACUUCGGGGCUCAACCAUACACCAGAACCGGUCUCUGGGCUCAACACAGACAACCUGAGUCAGGCCGUACUCUGGGCUCAACCAGAACAUAACAGCCGGGACUCUGGGGCUCACCAGACAACUAAUCGGACUCUUGGCUUCACGACAACGCAGGAACAGCCGGCACUCUGGGGUUUUGCAACAGCCACCAUACGAACAUCCGGACUCUGGUUCACAUCGGGGAAUCUGUCAACCACACUUACCGACAGUCGGCUGCUGUGUGGAAGCCUCAAACAUCUGGAUGAAUGUAAACACAGAAUCCAUCCUCUGGAGAAGAAGUUCGAUCUGCAGAACCUGGAGUCAGAGACGGCGUUCCACUGCGACUGCACCAGCCGGUAA